AUGCUCACCCCACCUCCAGGAUAUACACAAAACUUCAUCCUCAAGGUCAUCACCUACCCAGUGUCAGUCAUCAACGUCUUCUUUGCCGGCGGUCUCCUCUGGAUAUGCGGGAACCCGUCGUUCCCCGCCACGAUCCCAGUGACCUUCCUGCUUUUCAUCAGCAACAUCUAUCUCGUCGCAGCACCCUUCGUCCCAUCAGAGGAUGGCCAGGGCGUCUACAACGACCUGCCGUACUACCUGCGUUGCGCCGUCGAACCUGGCGUCCUUGCGGCCGGCGGCAUCUACUGA